AUAGGCCGUUGUUUGUGGGUGCGAGCCGCGCAGCUGCAGGACACGCGCUUUCCGUUUGUGUACCUUUCAGUCUCAAGUCUUUUUGGCAGCACAGUAAACGCUUCUCAUACUUAACUGUAUCUUUCCCCCUUACAUAGUCGACCCCAUGCUUGCAGCAAAGAAGCCAGAACCAAGUGGUAGCGGCGAUAAUGGGCCUGAAUUACAGCCCCCAGCCUCGUCCUCAUCGUCCUCUUCUUCUUCCUCUUCUUCCGUAGGGAUCAUGACCUCCCCCGACACCGGGGGCGCCCUGGAGCGAACACCGAGAAAGAAAGAAAGAUCUUCCCCUGGGGGAGAGCAUGGGCAUGUAUCCCAUUCCGUACCCGGAAUCAUGGCCGGUGCUGACGGAGGGAACCAAGAGACCCCUGAGGGAAGGAGGACCAGCCGCAGGAAGAGAGCCAAGGUGGAAUACAGAGAGAUGGAUGAAAGUCUUGCCAAUCUGUCAGAAGAUGAAUACUAUUCAGAAGAAGAAAGAAAUGCAAAAGCUGAAAGGGAGAGAAAAGUACCUCCACCACCUCCUCAAGCUCCCCCGGAGGAAGAAAAUGACAGUGAACCAGAGGAGCCUUCCGGUGUUGAGGGUGCUGCUUUCCAGAGCAGACUUCCUCAUGACAGAAUGACUUCUCAAGAGGCAGCUUGCUUCCCUGACAUUAUCAGUGGACCACAACCAACGCAAAAAGUUUUUCUCUAUAUCAGGAACCGCACUUUACAAUUAUGGUUGGACAACCCUAAAGUUCAGUUGACAUUUGAAGCGACUCUGCAACAGUUAGAAGCGCCUUACAAUAGUGAUUCAGUUCUGGUUCACAGAAUACACUGUUAUCUGGAAAGGCAUGGCUUAAUUAAUUUUGGUGUCUACAAAAGGUUAAAACCUUUACCAACAAAGAAAACAGGAAAAGUAAUAGUCAUUGGAGCUGGAGUGUCUGGACUGGCUGCAGCGCGUCAAUUACAAAGCUUUGGCAUGGAUGUCACACUUUUGGAAGCUAGGGACCGAGUUGGUGGAAGAGUUGCCACAUUCCGUAAAGGAAACUAUGUUGCUGAUUUAGGAGCAAUGGUGGUCACAGGACUUGGUGGCAAUCCAAUGGCUGUAAUAAGUAAGCAAGUAAAUAUGGAAUUGGCAAAAAUCAAGCAAAAAUGUCCACUUUAUGAAGCUAAUGGUCAAGCUAUUCAGGUGCCGAAAGAGAAGGACGAAAUGGUGGAGCAGGAAUUCAACCGUCUUUUGGAAGCUACAUCCUACCUCAGCCAUCAACUGGAUUUCAAUAUUCUUAAUAAUAAACCUGUCUCUCUAGGACAAGCUUUGGAGGUUGUAAUUCAGUUACAGGAAAAACAUGUAAAAGAUGAACAAAUUGAGCACUGGAAAAAAAUAGUAAAAACUCAAGAAGAAUUAAAAGAACUGCUUAAUAAGGUGAGAUUACUUUGCCUAUUAAAGAGAAAUAACACCAAGCACACUUCUUUCCUAACUCAGAGCAUUCAAUUUUAAACACUUUUCUAAUUU